GUCGCGACUGCGCCGCUAACGCCGCGUCUCCCAUUUUUCUCUUACUCUGCAAACCAUGUAGAAUAUUGGCCUGGGGUUGCAUUUGAAGAGCUGAACGGAGGCCGUUUCGUAUAGCGGGUUGUUACUAUUGGGCUUACGGGCCAACUUCAAUAAAAACAACUUAGUUGGCUGUGUCUCCUUCCAUCGUGACAACACAUUCCAUUUUCUAUACGCGCUGCCCCCCCUUGCAAACUCUCUUCUUUGCUAUACGCUGAGCCCCCGGGGCGCCUAAAAGGGUCUCGGCUAAAGCGUGACCAACGGAAUACUACAACUCUGUAGUCCCCCAUUCGAGUAGAAGAAACAAAGCAAACAAUCCAGAGACGAAGAAGGAAACAGAGAAAAUAAUCAUGGACGUCAAACCCACAGCGCAAACGCGGUCGCGCCGCCGCAAGAUCCUCUGCAUCGUGCUCCCCCUCGUCAUCGUCAUUGUCCUCGCCCUCGCGCUCGGUCUGGGACUAGGACUAGGCCUCAACUCCGGCGGCGACGACGACGACGACGACAACAACAACAACAACAACGGCGGCAGCACACCUCUCCCAAGCCCCAACAACACCCUCCCCUGGACCCCCUCGGUGGCCUCAACCUGGCAAAUCAUCCUCUCGCACCCACCCGACGUCUCCUCCACCACCGCCCUAACCCCCAACGUCAGCGUCUACGACAUCGACCUCUUCGACACGCCCAAAUCCACAAUCGACACGCUGCGCGCCCAGGGAAUACGUGUGCUCUGCUACUUCAGCGCCGGCAGCUACGAGAACUGGCGCACCGACGCCAAGGACUUUAAAGAUGCCGAUCUAGGCAAACCGCUCGAUGGUUGGCCGGGUGAAAAAUGGAUUGAUCUCAAGAGCGAGAAUGUGCGGGCUAUUAUGAAGACGAGAGUACAGUUGGCCAAAGACAAAGGGUGUGAUGGUGUGGAUCCUGAUAAUGUGGAUGCUUAUCAAAACGACAACGGUCUCGGCCUCACGUCCGCCGACUCUGUCGACUUCAUGCAAUACCUGUCCAACAUCACGGCGCCGCUCAACCUCGCCCUCGGCCUCAAAAACGCCGGCGACAUCGUCACCACCGUGCUCCCCAUUGUCCACUUCUCCGUCAACGAAGAAUGCGUCAAGUACGGCGAGUGUGCCAAAUUCGCCCCCUUUGUCGAUGCGGGGAAACCCGUGUUCCACAUCGAGUAUCCGGAUGGCGCGGGUGCGGAGCAGGGAUUGCGCGAGAAUGUGCUCAGCAACUACUGUGCUAAGAGUGGAAAGGGCGAGGGCAGCGACAAGUUUAGCACUGUGCUAAAGAAGAUGGAGCUCGAUGGGUGGGUCGAGUAUUGUGAUGGCAGUGUCAAUGUUACCGAUGUGAAUGAGGCCGUGGGUGGCGGGCGGAGUAAUAAUGCGAACUGAGCUAAAAAACGUAAUGUAUGUACUUGUAAACUGGGAUGAUGCCUUCAUUUUCUUUCUUCGUCUUCGUCUGGCUUGUCGCCGUCAUCGACGAUCGGUCUCUCGAUGUGUGUAUGUAUGUGUGUGUGUGGUGUCUUCCGUGUUUUACUACUUACUAUGCUAGUCUCUCUCUCUCUCUUAGUGUCACUUACUAUUUUUAACAUAUGCGGUAC